CUGGACAAAAUUCAUUGUAUUAAAGAUUUACAAUGGAAGGCACCAAUGAAGAUACAUUAAGUGACAUCCUUGACAUCAUUCAAGCCGAUACUGAAUUUAUCGGAGAUAAUGAUCAGCAGCCGCACGUUGAAAUUUUAGAACAGCCGGCCAAAGCAUUACGAUUUCGCUAUGAAUGCGAAGGCUCGGCCGGCAGCAUAUUUGGUGUCAACAGUACAUCGGAGAACAAAACAUUCCCUAGUAUACGAAUCGUGGGCUACCAAGGUCGCGCUAAGGUGGUUGUGUCUUGCGUAACAAAAAACGCCCCGUACAGACCUCACCCACACAAUAUCGUCGGUAAGGAGAGGUGCAAUCAGGGUGUUUGUACGGUAGAAAUUCCAUCGGGAAAUAUGAUUGUUUCCUUUUCAAAUCUGGGCAUUCAAUGUGUGAAAAAGAAGGACAUCGAAGAGGCUCUCAGAGUGCGUCAGGAGUUACGAGUGGAUCCCUUUGAAA